UGCUCCCAGCGGCUGCAGUAGUCAAUGAAACCUGAGUGCAUGAGGAUUAACGGAAACCUAGAUUGACUUGUAUAAUAUUUACAGGAUUUAAACAGUCUAAUAAUUAUUUUCUUUAUAUGUAUACAUAUGUGUAUUAUACAUAGUGUUACCUUCGAGUAAAACUGCGUAUGUGAAGCUCAAUCUAAGUUAUUAGUUCAAUAUGUCGCUUUUGCUAGCCACUCUCUUGGCCUGCUCUGUCAUCUUGACUAAAGGCAAAGCUGGCUACGGACCUGGGGAACAGGAUUGGGGCUACGUGGACGUUCGGCCCGGCGCCCAUAUAUUCUACUGGCUUUAUUACACCACCGCCAAUGUUUCGAGUUACACGGAUAGACCUCUGGUCAUUUGGCUCCAAGGAGGUCCUGGGGCUUCUUCAACAGGAGACGGUAACUUUGCUGAACUCGGGCCCCUCGAUCUGAAAGGCAAUAAGCGGAACUGGUCCUGGGUCAAGGAUAUGAACGUCAUGUUUAUUGACAGCCCCGUGGGCAGUGGCUUUAGCUAUGUGGAUAACACAACCCUCUACACUACCACCAAUAAGGAAAUAGCUUUGGACUUGGUGGAGAUGAUGAAGGGUUUCUACAAAAUUCAUCCUGAGUUCGAGACUGUGCCGCUGCACAUCUUCUCCCAAAGCUACGGCGCAAAGGCUGCUGCCGAAUUUGGCUUGGAGUUAUACUAUGCCACAGACCGCGGGGAACUUAGGAGCAAUAUUACAUCCGUGGAGCUUGGAAGUCCCUGGAUUUCUCCGAUCGACUCCAUUCUAGCCUGGGGACCAAUACUUCAAGGGCUGGGCUUUGUGGACCAAGAGGGAUACAACGAGAUUAUGGCAUCUGCGAACUUGACAGCUCAGUUCAUCGAGGAGGAGCGUUGGGUAUUAGCCUUCAGCCAGUGGAGCCACACAGAGGACAUCGUGUUUAGAGCUUCACAUGGCGUCGACUUUUACAACGUGCUGUCGAAAACGAGCGCUGAUUUUAUAGAUGAUGAGGAAACACCAGAAGAUAAAUUGCUUAAUAUCUUGAUGCGGGGUCCUGUUUUCCACGCACUGGGCAUUCCAAAAAAUGUGAUCUGGGGGUGGCAAAAAGAUGCUACCUUCGUCAAACUAGAGCCCGAAUUCAUGAAGCCUGUUAUUCAUAUAGUGAACGAACUGUUGGAGAAGACUCCAGUGAAGGUGAGUGUAGCCACCGGCAAUCUUGAUCUGAUCUGCUCCACUUCCGGCAACGUUAAGUGGAUAGCAAAGCUCAAUUGGAGCGGGAGGAGCGAGUACUUAAGGGCGGCUAGAACCCCCAUCAGUGUAGAUGGUAUCUUGGAAGGCUACCAGAAAUCUGGCGGAAACUUCACCCUCUUUUGGAUCAACCGGAGUGGCCACAACAUUCCGGCAGAUAAUCCUGCUGCCAUGAGCCACGUCCUCCGGGAAUUGACUUCUUUUGGGUAGAAUUCUGUAAUAUAAUCUUUAUUAUAAUAUUAUAUAUAAUCAUAUUCAUGAUGUAUAAUCUGAAAGCCAUUUAAAAAUUGGGUCAGGGGAUCGAAUCUUAAAUCGGUCAUUACUAUGUCAAAAAUGUAUUAAUUUCAAUUCGGAAAGCUUUCCUAUGUUAGUUUUUAUAACGUUUAAAAAUCCUUUUAUGUAUCUUUAAAAUAACUGAAUAUUGAAUGAUUUUUUCUAUUAUAUACCCCUAAAUGAA